AUGGCCUUGCUGUCAGCAGUAAAAGCUGGCGUUUUUGUGGUACAAGCAGCUGGUACUACUGGACCAUCACCUCAGAUGGACUGUCUGAAGGUGAAGGUGAUGGCGACUUACCUGUGGGCUGGGGCUGCUGGGGCUGCAUUCUGCUCCAUCAGACUACUUGUAGCAUCAACACAAGCUGUGAACUUAAUAGGAAAGCAAGGGUCUUUAAUCAAGCCUAUCCAGCAAAACAUUGGUGCCUCCAUUCGAGUUCUUUCCAAUGAUGAGAUGUCAAUCUAUGCGACUCCGGAUGAGAAAGUUGUGGAAAUUCAAGGUGAAGCUCUUAAGUUUCUUAAAGCUUUAGAAUCAGUGAUUGGGCACCUCAGAAAGUUCUUGGUGGAUCAUAGCGUUCUUCCUUUGUUUGAAAAGAGCUACAAUGCACCUGCCGUUCAGGAGCGUGAAUCUGAGCCCUGGUCUGAGAGGACGAUGCUUAGCACCUCACGAGCGGAACUUGGUGAUUAUCCUCCGCGACAAGGACUUGGUGAUUAUCCUCGGCGACAAGGACUUGGUGAUUAUCCUCCUCGACAAGGACUUGACCCUGGACUUUCAUUGUAUGGACAAGAUCCUGCACUUUCUGGAACUCGCACUUCAGGUGGUGGUCGUGUUGGGAAUUCUGUUAUUACUCAGAUUUCCCAAACCGUUCAAAUGAAAAUACCACUAGCUUUUGCAAAAGAUAUCAUUGGCAUUGGGGGAGCUAAUAUUGCUUAUAUACAACGUACUAGUGGUGCCAUUCUUACAGUUCAAGAAAGUAGGGGCUUAGCUGAUGAAAUCACGGUGGAAAUAAAAGGGUCGUCAUCACAAGUUCAGACAGCCCAGCAACUUAUGCAGGAAUUUAUGGGUGGCCACAAAGAAUCACUUCCGAGCAGUUAUGGCCAGUUAGAUACAGGCUCGAGGCAGUCUUCUUACUCUAACCUAGGCAGUGGGUCCUACCCCUCAUCUUCAUACGGCGGACAGCAAUAUGGCAGUGGCUAUGGAUCAUCAUUCGGUGCAGGAGGAGCGUACAAUAGUUACAGGUCAUGA